AUGCGGUUGAAAAAUGGCCAGCAGGGAAUCUGUUCCUGGCCUGCCUGCGCUUCUUUUGUUUUCACUAUCCGCUCCUUUUCUAAAAUAUUUCGAGCUUGUGAAUGAUGGACGAUUGGAAAGUAGCGCUUAUCACUAUUGGCAGCAUUCUGGGCGGGGUCCUGGUGUCAGGGAUUAUCUCUGAGCUGUACCUGCGCGUCAAUGCGGCGAAAUUCAACGUCAAGGGCAAGCACUGCUACGUGACGGGCGGCAGCCAGGGCCUGGGCAAGUCCAUUGCCGAGGAUCUUGCGCGGCAGGGGGCACAUGUCACGAUUGUCGCACGCCGCGAGGCGGUGCUGAAGGAGGCGCUGGAGGAAAUCAAAAAGCACGCUGGCGACAAGGACCAGAAGUUUGCCUAUGUGUGCGCCGACGUAGCCAGCAAGGAUGACGUGGAGCGCGCGGUGGGGGAGGCGGUGAAGAAGCAGGGCAAAGAGAUCGAGUAUGCGUUUCUGUCGGCAGGUGUGUCGAACCCCGGGUUCUUUGUCGAGCAGAGCGCCGACGUGCUGGAGCAGACGAUGAAGGUGAACUACUUUGGCACUCUGUUCAGCGCCCAUGCGAUUGCGCGUCGCAUGGUCAAGGAGAAGAUUGCCGGUGGGCACAUAGUCAUGGUGAGCUCGACGCUGGGCAUGUUUGGGCUUAUUGGGUACGCUGGAUACUGCGGGUCCAAGUUUGCUGUGCGCGGGCUGGCGGAGGCGCUGCGCGUCGAGCUGCAGAUGCACAAGAUCAACGUGCACUGCUACUUCCCGGGCACCAUCUUCACGCCUGGGUACGAGACCGAGAACCUGACCAAGCCCAAGAUCACAAAGGACAUUGAGGGCGCCGACGAUGGCCUGACGCCCGAGCAGUGCGCCAGAGGCAUGUUCAAGGGGCUGAGACGCGGCGAGUGCGCGAUCACCACCGACCCGAUCUCGCUGCUGUUCCGCUGCAACACGCGUGGUGCGAUGCCCACCAACAACUAUGUCAUCGACACGGUUGUGGCUGCCAUCGGCUGGGUUGCGUUCCCGCCCUGGCGCUGGUAUGUCGACUACAUGGUCAAGUCGUUUCGCCACGAGAAACCAAAGGUCGAGUAGCAGCGACUCGCCAGUACGCUAGCCUUUUUGUUUAUUUCAAGCAUAAAUGCAGAGUCUACAUGAUCUCCCUGACGGUCAUCUUGCCGCGGAUGCGCUCCAUGACCUUGCGGUCAAAGACACAGUUGG